UGUAGUGGAAGCUAGCUCCAAAGCAAGCACUUCUGACGUAAAGGAUGUUAGUCAAAAGGUUGAAAACGAAGAUGAGGAUAAACUGGGGAAAAUGAUCGAGGAAGAGCGCUCAGAGACUGGUAGAGUCAAAUUCGCAGUAUUCUUCUCUUAUCUCAAGUCCGUGGGCUGCUGCGCUUCUUUCCUCACCUUAUUAUCCUUUGUCCUGAUGGAAGCUUGCACAGUAGGGACAGGAAUAUGGCUGGCUUAUUGGAGCUCGGCAAAUGUCACUACAGAUGAACAAAGAAACUUGUACUUAGGAAUUUACGGUGGUCUCGGUUUGGGUCAAGGAUUCUUCACUUUCCUUGUUUCCGUUUUUUUCACGAUUGGAGCCAUGAGAGCCUCUCGAAGAUUGCACCGCAGCCUUCUGUUCAACAUCAUGCAUUCACCAAUGAGCUUCUUUGACACCACCCCACUGGGGAGAAUUGUCAACAGGUUCUCGAAAGACUUGUACACUAUUGAUGACACUAUACCGCGCUGUGUGACGGAUUUUUUCUGGUGCUCGCUCGAAAUCAUUGGGAUGGUCGCGGCGAUAAGUUACGCCACUCCGCUGUUUUUAGCCACGUUGCCUGUUUGUGCAAUUUUUUAUUUCUAUAUACAGGUAAACGAGUCAAGGCGAAAAGAAAGCCUGGAGCCCGUUUUUUGUCGUGGCGAGUUUUCUUGUUGUAUAGAUGGAAGAAUGUGAAUUCUUAUUUUAAGUAGUCUUAAAUUGAAUUCAACUGCAGCAAGUUUUUAUUAUAACAUAGCUAAUAAAUGCGUUCAAUCAAAUUCAAGUGUGCUUGCGUGCUGGCUCGGUCGAAGAACGAAGUUGGCCGAGGAUGGAAAGGAUUGCAACAGAUUUCUAACAGCUAACAAAAAAAUCUCGUUCUAAGUUUAUCCAACAUGCAUUAACUGUGGUGUUCAGUGUUUCCUUUAACCGAGAAUUAGCCAACUUUUUCUUUCCUUGGUCGUUAUGUUGAGUGCAUUGAACGGAUUUUAAUAUAUUUCUACAGAGAGUUUAUGUGGCAACAUCGCGGCAGUUGAAAAGGAUCGAGUCCGUCAGUCGAUCACCAAUCU